UUGGCUGUCGGUAGAGACGGGGGAGAAACAUAACCGAUCAGGCCUUUCUUCCUGGUUAAGCCAUUGACACUCACUCAGAAGCAGAGAGGAAGGUAAGCUGCUGAUUAGCUCAAGAAAAUGAGGGGCUUCCUGUCCAUCCUGCUGUGUGUGAUUGUGUUGCCAAAAGGCCAAUGGUGUGAUAGCGAUCGCUGCAUGACCGCACUGAAACAUGACCUUCUCAGUAUGAUGAUUAAGUGGGAAGAUGCUACUUGUUUCCAGAACGAGCCGGGCCUGCCCCCAAACCUGCUCCAGACUCUGCCUCGAAGCUGCAAGGAAAUCAAAACGGCACUAGAAGGAGCCGCAGAUGGCUUGUAUUACCUAGCCACAGAAGAUGGUGAGGUCUACCAAACCUUCUGUGACAUGAGCACCAAUGGAGGUGGCUGGACUCUGGUGGCUAGCAUCCAUGAGAACAACAUAUUUGGGAAGUGCAGUCUGGGAGACCGCUGGUCUAGCCAACAAGGGAGCCAGAGCACCUACCCCCAGGGGGAUGGCAAUUGGGCUAACAAUGCCACUUUUGGAACAGCCACGGCUGCAACUAGCGAUGACUUCAAGAAUCCUGGCUAUUAUGACCUUGAAGCACGGGAUGUGGCCAUAUGGCACGUCCCCAACAACACCCCGGUGAAGGAAUGGCGGGAAGCUGCCUUCUUGCGGUAUCACACUGAAACAGGCUUCUUGUCUGCUGAAGGGGGGAACCUUCUUAGACUCUACCAGAAAUACCCAGUAAAGUUUGGAAUUGGCAGCUGCCCAGAUAACAAUGGCCCAGCUAUACCAGUUUUCUAUGACUUUGGUAAUACCGAGCAGACGUCUUUCUUUUACUCUCCAAAUGCUCGAGCUCAGUUUGAACCUGGCUUUGUUCAGUUCCGGGUGUUUAACAACGAAAAAGCAGCCAUGGCUCUGUGCGCUGGAGUUAAAGUCACAGGAUGCAACACAGAACAUACCUGUGUUGGCGGAGGAGGGUAUUUCCCACAAGACAGUCCACGGCAGUGUGGUGACUACACUUCCUUCGACUGGAAUGGCUAUGGGUCUCACAGUGGCUGGAGUGUUUCCAAACAGUUACUGGAAUCUGCAAUGCUGAUCUUUUACCACUGAUUCUAAGAUGGCCAACAUGAACAAACAUCAGAGCCUUUCCCUGGAAAUUUGGGACAGUUUUUCUCCUGGUUUGGAAGCCUACAAAUCUGCAAAUGAAAAAAUAUGAAUUAUAA